UAAUCUGUAAUGUGGAAUAUGCAUUAUAUGCAUUAUUUGAUGGAAUAGAAGAAUAGGGCAAUCAGUUGAGUUGAGAGCAGUUGAGAGCAGUUGAGAGUAUCAAUUGACAAAUCACAAUUCACCAUCAGUUCAUCAGUAGCACAGUAGCAGUCCAAGUAUAUAUUUACCAGUUGCCAGUCGUACUACAGUUGUACAGUCAAGUAAUUUACAACACCUACGGCACCAACAAUAGCAGUAGCUGACAAUCAAUUAAAAAUUUGUUGUUUUAUUAAAUAUCCGUUGGAAUUUGGACUUAAUGUAUUGGAUAGACUAUUAACAAAUAUUAAAUAUUAUUAAACUAUCUAUUGAAACUUAAAUUUAAUAAUAUAAUAAAUAACUUUCAUGUAAAUUACUACUUUAUAGUUUAUAUUUUAUAAACAUUGUCAAGUUAGUGAGAGUAAAAAAAGGUUUUCAGUUAAUCACAAUGGUGGCGCACACAGUUCUUCUUGACUUUACAGUAUCAUCAAAUGUUAUCACUGAUGUUGAAAAAAGAUCAAAUCUCAAGUCAACAAUUGUCAAUGUAUUGAAUGAUUAUUUCAAUGAUUUAAAACCACUUACUGAGGCAACUAUUGAUGGUAGCUUUAUUGUACUAUACAGUGGACCAAGGGCUAGUCUCAUAACUGUUAGAGGAUAUCCACAAGGAUUAGUUACUAUCAAUGUCGAGUAUUAUAAACAAGAUGAAGAAGAGGCAUUAUUGUCAUUUGAGCAGUGGCGUUACUUGGAAGCUGACAUUGCCUUGGCUUUGAAUAGUCAGCGAAGCAAACGUUUACCACCCGUAAGGCGAGGCACCAUAUAUGAUCUCUAUUUGACAUUAUCAGAUGAAAGACUAUUGGAGUACGAUAUUGAUAAGCUGGUAUUUGAAGAAAGAUCGCCGUAUCAAAAAGUUCAAAUUGUCCAUUCAAAAUCUCUUGGUAAUUUAUUAGUUCUGGAUGAAUUACAAAAUAUGUCAGAAGCGGAUCUCAUUUAUACACAAACUUUGAUGCAAAAAGGAAAAGAAAGUUACACUGGGAAAGAAAUAGUAAUUUUAGGCGGAGGUGACGGUGGUUUAUUAUGGGAAUUGCUCAAAGAAAAACCUAAACACGUAAUAAUGCUUGAGAUCGACGAUGUAGUUAUAAAAGCUUGUGGUCAACAUAUGAGAAGUGUCUGUGGUGAUUGUUUGGACAAAAGAAAAGGAGAAAACUAUGAGAUUAUUAUUGGUGAUUGUGUAGAAGCACUUUCACAUAUGGUAGAAGAAGGCCGGCAGUUUGAUUAUGUUUUUGGAGAUUUAACUGAUUUACCAAUCAGUCCACCUGAUGGAGAUGCAUGGGAUUUUAUUAGGCUUAUUUUAAAUAAAACAGUUAAAGUAUUAAAACCUUCUGGAAAAUACAUGACACAUGGCAAUGGAGCGUCCUGUCCUGAAGCUCUGAGUAUGUUUGAAGAUGAAUUAUCACAAUUAUCAGUACCCGUAACAUUCACAAAAGACCGUGCUUUUAUUCCUUCAUUUUUUGAGGAUUGGAUUUUUUAUCAAGUAUCCCGUAAAUGAUUGAUCAGAUAUUAUCAGUAUAAUGUAUCAAAAAAAAUUAUAAAUUUAAUUAAUAAUUUUUUCCUAUUAUUAUGACACAGAAUAUAAUUUAGUUAGAUAUUUUAAAUUUACAAUUAAUAGGACAGUUACCUUUUAAAAUUAAAAAUAAUAAAAUAAAGUUUUAGAAAAGCGUAAAUAUAUUUUCAGCAAUUUAGCACAAAUAAUUAGAUUAUAAUAGUCAUAGUAAAUUUUAAAUUAUUCAUUUAUUUUUGAGAAAGAAAAAAAUAGCAUUAACAAAUAUAAUAUUCCUGAUGUUGAAAUAAUUUAAUUAUUCAAUAGAUAAGUAUAUACUUUUUAAAACAAAACGAUAAUAUUGAUUUAUUGAACAAUAAAAAACAAUAAUUAUGUCAUUAAAAAAAUUAUACUUUAAUUGAAACUUAUUGCAUUUACAUAUGUAAAAAAAAAUAAUCAUCACUAGCAAUCGGUUAAGAAAUUUAUUUAUUUAUUUCCAUUAUUUUUAUUAAAGAAAAAAAAAAUUAUAAAUAAAUAAAAAAUUAUAAAAAAAAAUGCUUGGGAAUUGUAUAAGAAUAAAAAUAUAAAUUUAUUGAUUUAAAAAAAACAAUUAUUCAUUUAAAUUAAGUACAAAGCGAUAAAGUGCAGUGAAAAGUAAUUAUUAAAUAGUGCAAAACGUAUCAGACUUUUUGAAUAAUUUGGUUUUUGGCCCCGAUAUAAAUAAAUAAUAUUACUUCAAGUACAAGAUUACAAAUAUAAAAUGUUUAUGUUUCCAAUAAAGAUUCGGUGCAACGAAAUUUCAAAAUCUCAUCGGUAAAAUGAUCGAUUUCUUGUAUUGACGGUUCUGUUUCACUUUCAAUUAAUAUUUGCUGAAGCCACUGUUGAAUUUGUUUUGGAUGUUCAUCAGUCAUUUGUUUAUCGUUUUCAAUAUUAUUAUUAUUAUUAUUAGUUUUAUUGGUAAAAUCAGUAAUGUUAUAUUGAUUAUGAAUAAUUGUUUGUUGCGGAACAUGAUUAUUAGAAGCUAUUUGUAAUUCUGAAUAAAGAUCAAGCGAUGAAUUAA